UAUAAGUUCAUUUAAUUGGCGACACUAGCAUAAUAUAAAAAAAAAUAGGAUUUGUUUUUGUUUUUUCCCCUUUUUUAAGUCGAUUCUUUAUUUCUUUUUAUUUUAUCAUGACAGUAUCAAGACUUUCUUCGCUUGAAUCAGCAGGCGUAAAAUCUUCUUCUAGUACAACAUCAUCCACUGCUACCAUUAAAAAGACACCUGUAAAAAAGCCCACGGUUGCACCGGUUUCAACAAGAAAUGUUCGAUCCUCAAAUACACCCGCUGCCUCUCCUAUUGCAACAACUCGACCCACCAAAACACCUCUUCGUAAUAGCAGUAAACAGCUGACGACAAAUAAACCACCAAGCCGAACGGUCAAUACAAAACCCGCUGUCACUGCAAAGCCUGUAACUCCUGUACCCAAGUCUGUAACGAGCUCUCCCAGGCAGCUAUCUUCCACACUAACUAAAAAGAGACCAACGGCACCGGCAGUCAUCAGUACAGCAAGAAGUGCUAGUCGAGCCUCAAAUCCAUCUCGUGCAUCUACGCCAAACUCUAAUUCAUCAACAAUCAACAAGAAAAAAACAGUCGCUCCAUCAGUAUCUACGGAUAAAUUGGCGAUCCAAGAAUUAAAUGACAAGAACAAGCAUUUACAAACUGCACUGUCUCAAAACGAAGAGCUGCUGGCAGAAAAAGAAGACGAUUUGAAGAAACUGAAAACAAAGUUAGAGGAAUUGGAACUUGAAAUUGAAGAAAAUAAGGCACAAUUAUUGAAGCAACAAGAAGCCGAUGUCGUCAUCACAGAGAUCAAAACCGUAGAUAAUGGGCCUUUGUUACUGUUGGAGGAGAAGAUCCAGUUACUCGAAGCCCAGUCAAACGAUUUAAAACAAUCCUUCAAUCUUGAAAGAGCCGCAUUGAUACAGCAACAUGAAGUAACAUUAAGCCAACAGCAGGAUAUGGCGGAGGCCAAAAAUCGUGAGAAUAUGCAAAAAUUACGAGAGAAAUUGGAGCAAGAAAAGUCGAUUUUAAAUACAAAAGUUAUGGAUAAAGAAAGGGAUAUUAUGAAGCUAAAGAAGGAUAUGGAUGAAAUGCGUGAUAAUAUACGGGACAUGCACCAAUCGCAUCAAACACGACUCACUAGCUUAACAAAUCAAUUAAAUCAGCAAUACGCCCAAGGCAUGGAUCAAUUAAAAUCUGACUACGAAGACCGUUUAAAAAUGGCUUCAAAAAGUGAUCACAACCAAGAAUUUUCAGCAGAGAUUGAAGAGAAAAAAAAGGAACUCGAAUUAUUGGAGUUCAAAUUGAACAGUCAUAUUGAAAAAUCACGCAAAGAAGCCCAAGAGCUGGUCGAAACAAUUGAUUCCUUAAAAUCAAGUCAUGGGGCAGAAAUAGAAAGACUGAGAAACACAAGUGCCGAUAAUGAGGUGACCCACAAGGCCGAAUUGAACCAAUACAUAACACUCUUAGAAAACGCAAAAGCAGAAAAUGCACGUAUCGAACAAGAACGAUGCAAAGAAAGGACCGACAAAAUAGAGAUUUCUUCGCUUAAACAAGAGCAUUCUGACAUACUAAAUGAUCUAAAGGAAUCAUAUGAGGCCGGAACAAAAGAUAUCAUCACUAGGCUCGAAGAAGAUCAUGCAGCACAUUUAAAGUCUAAAGAGGAACAAGUGCUUGCGCAGAUUGAAAUGAUUGAACAAUCUCGGCAAACACAAAUCAACGACUUGCGAGAUUCACAUCAAACACAGAUACUUGAAUUAAGUAACAAGAUUUUUAUACUUCAGGGGGAAAAUACAUCGUUAAAGAGUGAACUGCAAAACCUGAGAGAACAGGCUAGUCUAGACCUAGAGGAGAGCAAAUCAAGAUGUGACGAUUUAAACAAAGUGCUGGCCAAUGCUGAGCUAAAGAUGACACAGGACCAGUUGCAGAAAGAGGCGGAGUUUAAGCUUGCCCUUACACAGCUUGAGGAAGAGCACGCGUUAUUUAUUAAAGACAUGAAAGAACAGCAUACCCAGACGGUCGAUGAUCUCAAAUCCAACCACCAGAAAGAAUUACAAUUAGCGGACUCUCGUAUGCAAAGUACCCGGGUAAAAUCAGAGGCUUUACUUACCCAAGCCUAUGAAUCCAAAGUGCAAAAGUUACGGGAUAGUGAAAAGUCAUUAAAAGAUGAUUUAUUCAAAACAACAAAUCAGUUGCAAAACUAUCGCUUGGAAAUAGAGUUGAAACAUGCAGAAAAGUUAAAAUUGUCGGCCCUGGAAUUGUCACAAAAGUACGAUUCACUAAGAAAUGAGCUAGAGACACAGUUCCACGAAAAACUGGAGGCAGAUAAACUUGUACAUCUUAAAGAAAUAGACGAAUUAAAGCAUAGUAUAAAUACACUGACAUUAGAAUUAAAGAGUUGCAAUGACAGAUUUAAGCGAUCAUCACAAGAGCUAAAUAAAUCAAUCCUCAAUGAAAAUCUUUCUAAAAAAGAAUUAGCGUAUUUGCACUCUGAAAUUGACGACUUGAAUGAAAACAGAAGACAAAAUGAAAGCAAAGAAUUGAAAUCUACAAAGGCGUUCUUUGAAAAUCUUUUAGCGGCAAAAGAGAGAGAAUUGAGAGAAGUGAAAGAUCAGCAAAACAAGCCUAAAGCAAAUGAUGAAACUACGCAAAUCAAAUUACAAGUUAUAAUUGAACAACAUCAAAAAGAAUUGAACAUUUUGCAAAACCAAUUCCAGACAUUAUUGGAUAUGAAGGACAAGGAGCUAAAUGAUCUUUCUUACAAAAUGAAGUCUAAAAGGGGAUCAUCGACGGAGACUUCCCGAGAGAGUAAGAAAUUAGAGCAGGAUCUAAGAAACCAGCUCUAUACGCUGGAAGAGGAUAUAAAAUCAAAGUCACUUGAAAUGCGUUGGUUGGAAUCUGAUAGCGAGCAAAAUGAGACAAAAUUGAAGGAACAAGGAAUAUUAAUUCAUAACCUGCAAUUAAGUAACAGUAAACUUGAAAAUUCCAUUCAACAAUUCAAAGAUGAAAACGAUCAAAUGUUGAGGUUGAUUCAUCAAUUACAAGGUGAAAUCCACCAAUUUUAAUAUAUUCUUUUUGAAGCGCCGUUUUUCACUAUUUGAUGUUUGGGAAUAGGUACGGGUUGUGUAUCACCUAUUAAUACUCCUUUGUCUUUUUAGUUUUUAAUUUUUUUCUUCUUCUUCUUCUUUCCUUUUUGUCUU